AAUUUCUCCGUGAAAAUGUCUGGUCGUGGAAAGGGAGGCAAGGGAUUGGGAAAGGGAGGAGCCAAGAGGCACAGAAAGGUGCUAAGAGACAACAUCCAGGGCAUCACUAAGCCAGCUAUUCGCAGGCUUGCUCGUAGGGGUGGUGUGAAGCGUAUCUCUGGUCUCAUCUAUGAGGAGACCCGUGGAGUGUUGAAGAUCUUUUUGGAGAAUGUGAUUCGUGAUUCCGUCACCUACACUGAGCACGCCAGGAGGAAGACUGUUACUGCUAUGGAUGUUGUCUAUGCUUUGAAGAGACAGGGAAGGACUCUAUAUGGAUUUGGUGGUUAGAUCAGUUGUUAGGUGCAUUAGAUGUAGAUCUAAUGUUAAUUUCUGCUGUUUCUGUGUUUUGGUGUCUCUGUAACUGUUCGUAAGCUCUAGAUAUUGUAAUUUCUCAUUACAUGUUCAAUGAACAAAGCUCAGUUUCUACAAAUUACAAUAAAUAUCCUCCAGUUGACUAA